UUCCUGCUCUGUAAUAUUUUACAUCUGUUUGAAUAAAACGCUUACAUAGAGGUUCUGCUUCUCCUCAGUCCUCACUCCGCCGUCCACUUCCGCUCGUUUCCAUAGCUCCAAUCGAAUGGAAAAACUCCCAAUUCUUCAGUUUGAAGAAAAAAUAGUUGAAACAGUAAAGAAAAACGCCGUCACAGUCUUAAUCGGAGAAACCGGUUCAGGCAAAAGUACUCAGCUUUCUCAAAUCCUCUUCCGCCAUGGAUUCGCCGAUUCCGGCACCAUUUGCGUCACUCAACCCCGCCGUGUCGCCGCCGUCUCUGUUGCCCGACGCGUCGCCCAAGAGAUGGGAGUCCGACUCGGGGAAGAAGUCGGGUACGCCAUCCGAUUUGAAGAUCGCACCUCCACCAAAACCCGAAUCAAAUACCUAACUGACGGCGUUCUGUUAAGAGAGAGUUUAUCGGAUCCAGAACUCAGCUCAUAUUCCGUGAUAAUCUUGGAUGAAGCUCAUGAAAGGAGUUUAAACAUGGAUAUUUUAAUGGGUCUUGUGAAACGAUUAGUGGGAAUUAGAAGUUCGUCAAAUUUUAGGGUUUUGAUUACUUCAGCUACACUUGAAGGGGAGAAAGUUUCCGCGUUCUUUGAUGGGUGUCCUGUUCUCAAUGUUCCCGGAAAGUUGUUUCCGGUGGAGGUGAUUUACACCGACGACGUGAACAAGAAUUUCGUUGAGGCUGCGUUAAAGAAGGCGAUUGAUAUACACGUUAAGGAGCCAGAAGGGGAUAUACUGAUCUUCAUGACAGGUCAGGAAGAUAUAGAGAGGUUGGUGCAGAAGCUUGAAGAUCGAGUUCGAAGCUUAGAGGAAGGUUCUGUAAUGGAUGCUGUGAUUUAUCCACUUCAUGGGUCAUUACCCCCUGAAUUACAGGUGCGUGUAUUUAGCCCUCCCCCGAAAAAUUGUAGGAGAUUUAUUGUUGCAACGAAUAUUGCUGAAACUUCUUUGACUGUGGAUGGGGUUGUGUAUGUGAUUGAUUCUGGGUAUGUUAAACAAAGACAGUAUAAUCCUCAAACUGGAAUGUAUUCUUUAGAUGUUGUUCAAAUUAGUAGAGUGCAGGCUAACCAACGGGCCGGGCGGGCUGGGAGGACACGGCCCGGGAAAUGCUAUAGGUUGUAUCCUUCUGUUGUGUAUAAUGAUGAUUUUAUGGAGGCUGCUGUUCCUGAGAUACAGAGAACCUCACUUGCUGGGAGUGUUCUGUAUUUGAAGUCAUUGGACCUCCCUGGGAUUGACAUUCUUAAAUUUGAUUUCUUGGACCCGCCUUCUUACGCCUCUUUAGGUGAUGCACUUAGGCAGCUUUAUCUCAUAGAUGGAAUCGAUGAAAAUGGAGCAAUUACGAGUGUUGGGAGAAUUAUGGCUGAACUUCCAUUGGAGCCUUCUUUGUCUAGGACUUUAAUAGCUGCAAAUGAGAAUGGAACCCUUUCACAGGCUUUAACAAUUGCUGCAAUGUUGUCAGCUGAAACUUCUCUGCUUCCUAGUUUUGCUAAAGGGUCUGAAAAGAAAAGGAAGCACACUCCUUUGAAGCUUCCUGAUGGAGGAGGUUUGGGUGAUCAUAUACAACUUCUGCAGAUCUUUGAAUCGUGGAGUGAAACGAAAUAUGAUAUUGAAUGGUGUAAAGAGUACGGAUUGCAGAUACGAGGGAUGUCGUUUGUCAAGGAUGUUCGUGGGCAGUUAUGUCAAUUGUUGCAGAAGAUGGCCAAAUGUUCGACUGAUGUUCAUGGGAGCCAUAAGUCUAGAGAGAAAAAGAUGGGUUACAGAAACUUGAGGAAGGCGUUGUGUGUUGGUUAUGCUAAUCAGCUUGCUGAAAGGAUGAUGCGCCAUAAUGGGUACCGAACACUUGGGUUGAAGUCUCAACUUGUUCAGGUACAUCCGUCAUCUGUGUUGCAACCCGAUGAGGAUGGAAUGCUUCCGAAUUAUGUUGUGUACCAUGAGUUGAUUACAACAUCUAGUCCGUUUAUGCGGAAUAUUUGUACCGUAGAUAUGCAGUGGAUUUCCCCCAUCUUAAAGAAACUAGAGAAGCUUGAUAUCAAUAAGCUCAGUGGGGGUUUUACUGAUUCUGAGGGUGGCAUUGAGGGGAAGGGACAAGAGGGUUUGAAGAAGGAAGCAACCGUGGAGGACCCUGCUGUCCGCGACAGUAAAAUCAAUGCAGCUCGGGAGCGUUUUCUUGCCCGUAAAGGGAAGAAGUAGCUUUAGGUCUAGAGUUGUCUUUGGCUACGCAUAUCAUUCUUAUAUGAGGUGAAACUUAUCAUUUUUGUAGCAUGUAAUAGCCCUUGUUUGUGUUGAUAUGAGGAGUUCUAAAUUUCACCUUAACUAUAGGCGUACGUUGUUUUUUUAGCUGAUGACCAUAUAACUAACUAGUGUGCACUGUGUUUAUCCUGUUGUAAAGAUGUAAAAUCAGGACCAAUUUGACAUGGGUCAGUUUCUAACUUGCAUCAACUUAUUAGAUUGAUCUGAUUUUUAUGGUUUUUGUUUUUCA